AUGUCUGAGCAUCCAAGCUGCUCUCCGGGCUACCGCCGGGCAGCACGUUUCACAGCCGGACCGCUGUGGAUGCAUGAGGCUCUCAAUGCGUACAGCCACAUAUUGCUGGUGGACACUGAGUUUGUGUUGAGCCAUCCUGUUCCUUGGGAUCCCAUCUGGUAUAUGUUUGAGCAGAGUGCGGACCUGGGCUACUGGCAAACUCACUACGAGAAGACGUGGAAUCGGACAGUCUACCUCACAGAGGUCUCCAAGCAGUUCAUGCAGGCUCGAAAUCUGACGCCGCAGGUGCCAGAGCUUGUGAGCUACUGGUGGGAUGAGGAUGAGGUUCCGGGCGGGUCCUUGCCGGUGAACAUCUAUGGAUGCUUGUUUGGCGGGUCCAUCUCCUUCUUCCGGUCUGACCUCUACCAGAGCUACUUCCAGGAGUUGGAUGCCUGGCCUGGUUUUGAUGAGUACUGCUGGUCGCCUCAAAAUAUCUUGGCGAUCGCUGCAGCCUUCUUCUUGAAUGACAACAUCAUUACGGAGCUCUGGGUGUAUGGCCGGCACCAAAACAGCAGCAAAACCCCCGAUGAGGGUUGGAAUGACUCCAGACGUGGCAUUCUGCCCCAAAGCCAGCGUCCAGCACAUCUGCAGGUGACCGGCAAGCAGUAA